AUGAGUGCAAACUCGCCAGACCGUGGUCCGUUCAUGGAUAGCUCCAGGUUUCAUAGACGUUCUGCUAUGAGUGUUGCAAGUUCCUGUCAGACCAUUAAGGCUAGCAAUGUGCAGGAAAUCUCAUCAGAGAAGAGACAUGAAGAAAACUUUAUGCCUAAACCAAUUUAUUUCAGACUUCGCCUUCAAGCAUACUGCGGUAGCGGUGAAACCAGAGAGCAGGAGACUACCUUUGAUGCUAUACCACCUGAUCUAAAGAUCGACCUUCCGCCAGAUCUGCGUCCAGUUAUUUUCAGCCUUUUUUGCCAGCUUGGCUUCACAGAACUCGAAGGUUUAUGUGUCGAGGAUCAAGUGACGCUGACCGAGAUUGAGGCCUAUCUUGAUAUUCAGGUGAACAUUAAAUAA